AUGGUGGUAUCAGAAAUCAAUACCCCUCAGGGGGAGGACGAUACAAACCGUCCCGAAGACAUUCUGGAGCACCCUGCCGGCGAAGCAGAAAACAAGUUCCAAAAGGCAAUCGCAGCAUGGCGGAACAUUGAUCUUUCCUCGUUGAUGCCCCAACUGGAUUCCACAGCCUCUGAAAUUGUCGCCCAGCAGAGGGACGCCUUGCUCGAGCGGAAGGAACUCGCGCAGAAGACGAAAGACUUUCGAAAAUUGGAGGAUGCAGCAAAGUUAACUGAAUAUAAGACACUCUUAAAAUCGUAUCAAACCUUCAUUGACCUGAUCACUGGCCAUGGCAAGACUUCCUCGUCCGCGUUCCUCCAACUAUACCAGUCAUUGUCAGAGGCCCCGGACCCCUUUCCUCUCCUCGAAGCCUCGGUCGACUCGCUAGUUGCCUCCGAAGACACCGUUCCUAAACUCACUGCUGAGAACCAGCAACUACUCGCGCGGGUCAGUAAAUUGACUGCCCAGCUCGAAGAAACGGAAAGAAAGCUGCAAGACGAAAGCAAAGCCCGGAAGGACGCCGAGGCCGGAACAAGUACUCUAGUGCAAGAAGUCGAAGCGAAAUGGGAAAAUGUCCUGGAGGAAAAACAGAACAACUGGACGGCAAAAGAGCGCUUCCUGGAAGACAAGGUCGAAAACCAAGACAGGCUACUGAAAGAGUUGAAAGCAAGCUACGAAGUAUCUCAGAGGCUUCAAGAUGGGUCGGCUGAGGCUGCAUCGUCCAAAGCUGCGGCUGCGGAGCUGGAGAUGAUGACCUACGAACUUGAAAAGACAACCGCCCGUCUCGCCGAAAUCGAAGCCAGGAACGAACAGCUUCGAGUCGACCUUGCUCGAGCUACUUCCCAGAGCUUCGAAAAUCACAGUGUCGAAGAUGACCCCUCCUUUUUACGCCUGCAGUCCGAAAACUCAUCCCUUCUUCGAAAGAUUGAGUCCGCAAGGUUCGAGAGAGAAACGGAAAAGAGAGAUUGGGACAAUAAGCUGCGCCAAGUCGACAGGCAACGGUCUCAACUUGCCAACGAGAAUGAGGAGCUGCGCACAAAGGUCAAUAAAUGGUCUGAUUAUGAAGAUCUGAAACGGGAGCUGGACACUCUUCGGUCAAUUGAACUAUCAAUUGGCGACGAUGAAGAUGGAGACGAGGCCGUCGUGGACGGGCCGGUCGAGAACGGCACGAAGCAAUCUCUGGAGCAGCUGCUACUCACUCGGAACAAAAAGCUUACCAACGAGCUGACGUUGCUGCGAGUAUCGCACCAAGAUCUUCAACGCCAGCUUGAAGAUCUUCAGGAAGAGCACUCCCGGACGAAUGCUGAGCUAGAGAAGUCUCAGAAACUUUCCUCGACCUUGGAGAACGAUCUCAUCCGCGUACAGGAGGAGGCCGCAAACGCCCUUCCCUCCUCGGGAAUGUCUGUCGCCGGCACUUAUGUAUCUCGGCAUCCAAUGGGCUCUCUGCGGAGAGGAAGAGCGUCACCUACCUCGUCAAUCAUCUCAGGUUAUGAGAUGCAGCCGAGAACCAACACAUUGGAGUCCCUGCGAGCGGGAGAACCAGCUGGUGGAGGAUCUGGCAUUCUCCCGAUGAUCCAGGCUCAGAGAGACCGGUUCAAACAGAAGAACCAACAACUUGAGGAAGAGCUAUCCAAAACGUAUGCCACGGUCACGUCCCUGCGCCAAGAGGUUGCCUCGCUUCAAAAGGACAAUUUGAGCCUGUACGAGAAGACGCGAUAUAUCUCUGCAUACAAUCGGGGCCCAGCUACGUCUUCAGCCUUCCAUGGCGCACCAGGACAAAGCUCGAUCCAUGUGGAUGACACAACGACCAGCCGCUGGAAAUCGCAAUAUGAGGCCAAUAUUUCUCCUUUUGCCGCAUUUCGUGGCCGUGAAGCGACACGUGCCUACAAACGAAUGAGCUUCCCGGAAAGAAUAAUAUUUUCCCUAACGCGGGUAGUUCUCGCCACCAGGACUUCGCGCAACCUCUUUGCUGGUUAUUGUCUCGCACUUCAUAUGCUGGUGUUUGUGAUGCUCUACUGGAUGGGUACUGCGGACGUUGAUCGCAAGGUUGUCCAUUUGGGCGAAGCAGCAGCGGCGGCGGCGGCGGGCGGCGCAGGCCUUCGAUCACCGGAGUCCUACGACCGUGACUGGCAUCAGCAGGAAUUUGGAUAA